AUGACACAAACGACCCUAUUGCAUUAUGAAGCACCCUGGCCUGUUCAUAGUAUUGACUGGUGUAAGUCGUCGGCACCAGGUCAGCAGCUACGACCUCGCUCCGCAUUCCGGUUGGCAGUAGCAUCUUUCCUCGAAAGCUAUCAGAACCAGAUUGCUGUCGUCGGGCUCCAGGAUGAGCGCGUUCUGGUGGAAGAUGACUUUACAGACUAUCCAGAUUUCGUGACGCUAUGCGAAGCAUACCAUGGAUACCCAGCAACAAGCCUUCAAUGGCAGCCCGCCGCGGCCCAAAGCUUUGCCUGGUCCCAAAAGUCUCCAUCCACCGAACUUCUCGCCACAACUGGAGACGCUCUCAGAGUUUGGGAGUAUAGCGGAGAUGGACCAGCCUCGACAUCCAGCUAUGUUGGUCGCCAGCCUGCUGCUUCUUCAGGACACAGCUUGACGAUGAAGACCGCCUUGUCUGGGCAGUCCAAAGUUCAAAGCCAAUCGGCUGGCGCACCGUUAACAAAUUUCUCCUGGAAUGAGAAGUCUCCGAAUCUCAUUGUGACCGCAUCUAUCGACACGACAUGCACCGUCUGGAACAUAGACACGUCAACUGCCUUGACUCAGCUCAUUGCUCACGAUCGAGAGGUCUAUGACGUUGCAUGGUUACCUGGGUCUACAGACAUCUUCGUCUCUGUGGGUGCCGACGGUAGUCUGCGAGCAUUUGAUCUUCGGAGCCUUGAGCACUCGACUAUCCUUUAUGAAACGCCUGCACCGAAGAACGUCCCUCCACCGUCGGCGAAUCCAUCAGCCUCCGCCCGUCCCCCUACCUCUCCUCUUUUACGAAUCGCAUUUAAUCCAUCGGAUUCGAAUUACAUGUCCACUUUCCACAUGGAUGGCUCCGACGUGCAAAUUCUGGACAUGAGGAGCCCUGGGCAGCCUGUUAUUGAAUUGCGAGGCCACCAUGCUCCUUUAAACGCUCUAGGAUGGGGCUCCGCUGACCAUCCUUUGUUGGCGACAGCAGGCGAUGACUGCCAAGUCUUGUUGUGGGAUCUGGCAAAUUAUACCCAAGGAGCAGCAUCCCCUAGGAGCGCUGGCUCGCGCCUUAACUCCCCCCGACCGGAUGCGAAGAAAAAGAUCGUAACAGAGCCCAUCAUGGCGUACACGGCAAAUAGUCAGGUCACGAACCUCGCCUGGUCUCCGCAGAUUCCGGGUGUCAUAAUGAAUACUGGAUACUCGACGGCAACGGGGGAAUGGCUGGCAAUUACAUCUGGGAAGACAAUAAAGGCGCUGAAAGUGUAA